AUGCUUGCGCCAGUUAUCCACGUCGAUGGAAAGCUGUCGCUAAAUGCUACGUCGGGUAUGGAAAUACGAAAGCCAGAGAAGAAGAGAGCAUUGCGCGCCGCAGGCAAAUCGUCGACGUUUCAGAGGCCGUCCGGUGGAUUGAAUGUGAUUGGAGCAUGUGGUGCCGCCGGAAGACAGUUGAUGCUAUCCUCCGCGACUGUGCCUCCGUGA